AUGUACGUGAGCCCGCUCCUGGACAAGGACAGCACCAUGUACCCAGGGGCUGCCCGGGCCGCCAACACCCUGCCAGGGCAGGGCUUCGUGUCCGCCCCCCCCUACCCCGAGUACAUGGGCUACCACCCCGUGCCAGCCCUGGACACCCACGGGCAGCCGCCGGGGCCCUGGGGCUCCCACUUUGGCCCGCAGAGGGAGGACUGGAACGCGUACGGGCCGGGCCCCUCCGGCGCCGCCACCGCCCAGCUCAGCGCCUCGUCCCCCGCGCAGGGCUCCUACAGCCCUGCCGAGUACAGCGCCCUGCAGCCCGGGGCCAACCCUCCCGCAGAGCCCAACAGUGCCCAGCACAUCUCCCCCAGCAGCCACAGGCACAGCUCCUACGAGUGGAUGAGGAAAACCGGGCAAGCCAACCCCACCGGCAAAACAAGAACAAAAGAAAAGUACCGAGUUGUUUACACAGACCAUCAGAGACUGGAAUUAGAGAAGGAAUUUCACUGCAACAGAUACAUCACAAUCAGGAGAAAGUCAGAACUGGCAGCAAACCUGGGACUAUCGGAAAGACAGGUGAAGAUCUGGUUCCAGAACCGGCGGGCGAAGGAGAGGAAGCUGCUCAAGAAGAAGCUGUCGCAGUUUGACGGCAGCGGGGGCUCUGCCCAGAGCGACUCGGGCUCGCUGAGCCCCAACGACCUGCCCAGCUCCCUGUUCCCGCCCCCACACGCCAUCAGCGGAUUGCAGCCCAGUGACAUUCACCAGGUCAUGGUCUCAGAAUGA